GCCGCGGGUUCUGAACGCUGCUACCCUCAGUAGGGCUGCGGAGUGCACCUUCAGUCUCCUGCCUGCGGGAGCGAGCGCUGCUCACCGUGAUCUGUCGUACUUCGUCUGUCCUUACCCGCCUUAUCCAGCCCCAGGUCGCUGACAGCACCGUCCCCAGAGCCUUCGUCUCUCAGGCCCCGGCCGGAGGCUGGAGGCCGCCCUCCCGGCUCUUGACCCCGGCGCCCGCGGAGCCCACCGCCCGCAGCGUCGGUGGGACGAUGCUGGAGUCCAUUCGCGUGACCGAAAAGCUUCACUGGCCUGAGCAAGAACUGGCUAAGAAGUCCGUUCUACAUGCGGAAGAGCCAUUGAUCACUGACAGCAAAAAAAGCGGCCUACGUUUGCCUCCCGGGAUACUAAAGGACAUUUUCACCACUGGAACCAGUAGUUACAAUGUCCUCCUACAGAGCAAAGAGGAGAAGAAGCAUCACUCACAAAAGCAAUCUUCAUCGACCUGCUCCAAACGAUGUAGAAAGCCCAGCAAGUCUCCCAGCUCUUCUCGUAGUAACGAUCUUCGCAAGAUGAAAACCCCAGCGCCUGGGAUGAGCGGUGGCACCUGGUACUGCCUAGAGAGGCAGCCUGCGGUUUUUGCCACUAGUCCAGUGUCAAGUCCUACGAAGUUCACACAUGCUAUUUCUGUUACAGGGAACAGCAUAGUACUGCCACCGAAAUCCAAGGUCAAGCGACACCAUUUCUCUACUCUUUCAAAGCCAAAGCCACAGCUGCAGCCUCAGCUGUCUAGAAGUUUUGAAAAAGGAGAUGACUUUUCUGGAAAGAAAUUUUGUAUACUGACUGCUAUAAAGCCCACCAAUUUGGAGAAGGAAAAGCUGAGAUUCUUCAAGUCUGACUACACCUACAAUCCCCAGUUCGAAUAUGCUAACCCUUCUCUGCCCAGCGUGUUAGCCAAGCACAGCAACGUAUCUGACCGGUUUCUUAAGCAGUCCAUCAAUAUUAUGGAACUGACUUUGCAGAAAUACGGGAGUUACGAAAAAUUCGAACAGGCCACGGGUGGCAGCCUGCUGUCCAAACCGCGGAUCUGGAGCCACGUCAGGAAGUACAUGGUGAAAGAAGGCUGCAUGGGCGAGAUCGUAGUCCACCUCACUGAGGACCUGCUGUCCCGAGCCUCGAUGACAGUGGUCAACGGGUGUCCGACACUGACCAUCAACGUGUCCACGGCCCGCGAGCACUGGCUGGAGGGAAUGCUGAGGCAUGAAAUCGGCACACAUUACUUUCGAGGGAUUAACAACCUGCAGCAGCCGUGGAACAGUUGGACCGGCCGCAGAAAGCACGAGCUGAAGCCGAACAACCCCACAGAGGAGGGCCUGGCGAGCAUCCACAGCGUCCUGUUCAGAAAGGACCCCUUCCUGUGGAGAGCGGCCCUCCUCUAUUACACCGUGCACCAGGCCGGCCGGAUGUCGUUCUGCCAGCUCUUCGAGGACAUCGGGAGGUUCGUCAAGGACCCCAACACCAGGUGGGAUUACUGUGUUCGCGCCAAGAGGGGCUGGACCGACACUUCCCAACCAGGGUGUUUCAGUAAAGACCAGGUGUACUUGGACGGCAUCCUGCGGAUCCUGCGGCACCGGCGGACCAUCGACUUCCCCCUGCUGACCGCCCUGGGGAAGGUCUCGUACGAAGACGUGGACCGCUUGAAAGAACUGGCCGUCACAGAGAACAUGCGGGUCCCUCACUUCCUGCAGGACCAGGGCCGGUACCUGGAACACUUGGAGAAGAUCAUGGAGGUGAACGAACUGACCGACCAGGAGCUGAGGGAGCUUAUCUACUGACCAGCACCCUUGCAGACGCAGCUGCACUGGACUCUGCAUGGACCCCCCACGCAGUGGCCCUGCGCACCAGCCAGCUCACAGAGGAGGAGAGACUGUUCACUCGAGUUUUCUGGAGACCGGUCAGCAGGAUUCCGCUGAAUUUUUAGGGGAAGUACAAACCUUAAACCGUUUCCCCAAAAUGUUUCUAUGAGGGAAAGUUACCCAGAGUCAGAGGGAAAUACGACUGAGGAGUAUUUCCAAAGAACCUCGGCACGCUGAGCCCCAGACCCGUGCCUGAGCGUGAGGCCAGCUCCAGCUGGAGGCUGCGCCCCCGUGUGGUCACUCCACGGGCGGCAGGCAUGCUGGCACCAGGGAGGGAGUCACUGUCCUCUGAAAGAUGAGUUUUGUUGCCCUCAAAACCAGCUGUGUCUAAGAUUUCUUAUGUCUCUUGUGUAAAGUGAUGUUAAGGGGGGAACAAUUUGAAAAGUAGUUCUUUACACAUUAUCUUACCUUACCUGUUCAUGGAAACUAAAUUAGAGAAUUAUCUCAUUUUGUCCAGUUAUCCCUUAACUAAUUUCUGUUUUCAUUUGCUGAAACAUAUGUACUCCUUCAAAACUUUAACCAAGCUUUAGGGUCUUUCCCUCUCUAUUCCUUUGUAUAAAUGAUAAGUUCCAGAGAGGUUUAUCUGAAUAAAAAUAAAAAAACAGUUGGAAAAGAGAGAAGCAACUCACCUUUCACUAAACGGAGCAAAAAUGGGACCGACUGCUCAAUUUCCUGUAGGAGCCGGAUGUUGGCUGGGUAGCACCUGCAGUAACCUUGACCAUGCCCUGACAGAUGCAAUUCCUGGGCGUUGCCGUUUGAUGAGCCAGCCUUGUGAUAUUGGCUCCAUGGAUUUCACUGAAAUUUUUGACUUCGUCAACUUAAUAAUGACAUAGUUUGAAUUUCAAAAAUGAGAGUUCCUAUUUACUACAUUUCUCCUGUUAAAAGCUGACUCACCUGGCUUUAUAAUUUAUCAAUUUUGACAUAUACUUACAUAUAUAUACUUGGGAUCAAAUGGUUCUCCAAACAACUUAUUUUAAUGAUCAGAAAGUAUACUGCUGUAGAUACCACAUUCAAAAUGAACAGAUAAAAUUGAAGUAUAAAGACCCCCCCC